AUGGCAUCAACAGUACAAACCAUUACAAUUGCUCCUAAAGGACGCCGUCCGGCAGCAAACGGUCCUCCUGAACCUGGCUCAUUACCAAUUUCAAUUGGAUGUACUGAAAUAAAAUCAAUGGAAAAUGAAUCAUCAUCUGAAGCUACUCCACAAACAAAUGGUCCUACACAAUCGAAACCUCCACUAACUAGUAGUCACAUAGCAGUACAAGAUCUUUCUCAAGUAAAAACUGUCUCCGUACUUCGUCGAUCACAAUCGGUGAAUCUUGUUCAAUUACCACCACCACUUGAACAACAAAAUGGAAUAGCAGCCAAAACAUCUACAUUAUCAAGAACGUCGCCAAAACCAAAACGUGCAAGAUCCGGACCACGACCAUCAAUUCGUUCAUUGGUUCCACAAACAGAAAUAUUAAAAAUAGCCGAAAGACCAGACAACGGUGGUACAAGAGGACGAAAAACUGAACUAUAUACUAAUCAUUAUGCAUGUCAUUUACCAGAAGAAUUAUUAAUUUAUCAAUAUGAUUGUGAUUUGGAUGUUCAACAAAAUGGGAAAUGGUUAAAUGCAUCACGUAAUAAAUACGAUCGAUUUAAUAUUGUUCAACAAAUAAUACGUCAUGAAACUAGUUUCCCAUUUGUCUGGUUUGAUGAUGGCAAAAAUUUAUAUUCAUUAUUACCGUUAAACGAUUUAAAAAAAAUUUAUUUCGUUAAAGUUCAACAGCAAUCAUUUCGUUUUACUAUUAGACAACAGACACGUGAAUAUAACAUAAAAGAUAUGAAUUUAUUUUCGAAAAAAGAUAAAUCAUGUUUAAUGCGUCCACAAGAUUCUAUUAGAAAUAUUGAAACAUUAUUAAAACAAACUAUUCGACAAAAGAUGAUUUGUAUUCGACAACAAUUCUAUUAUGAUAAAGAGCAGCAAAUAAUUGAUAUUGGUAGUGGAAUCGGUUUGGCUCGUGGAUUUUAUCAAGCAAUGUUUUUAACCAAAGCUGGUCCAACAUUGAAUAUUGAUACUAAAUUCUCGGCAUUUUAUCAACAUAUGAAUUUAGUCGAUUUUAUUUCACAUUGUUUACAACGAGAUAUUAUACAAACUGGAUUAUCGGAAAAAGAACAAGAAUAUUUGCUCAGAACUCAUUUAAAACCAGUAUCAAUUGAAACACGUCAUACAAAUUCACGAAUGAAGUAUCGAAUACACGGUUUUGGUGCAUCAGCUAAUGUGCAUACAUUUGUACAAACAGGUGAUGAAGAAGAACCUCAGAUAUCAGUGACCGCUUACAUACUGAAGAAAUGGAAUAAAAAACUGCAAUAUCCACGUUUGCCAACUGUCGAAGCCUACAAUCCCGGCAAUAAAAAUUCAUCACACAUUCCCAUGGAACUUUGUUUUAUUCAAGAGUGGCAGUUAGUUGAUCAAAAACAUUUAACAGGUGAACAAAUUGGAGAAAAAACAAAAAAAUCUGUUGUAAAACCUGAACAACGAUACAAUGAUAUUAUGGAAAUUGUGAGAAAAAGACAAUUCAAUUCUGAUUCGUACUUGCGAGAAAUUGGUAUGACUGUAGAAUCUGGUGAAAUGUUAAAAGUUCGUGCACGUGUACUAGAACCACCAGAAAUUGAAUAUCGGGAUCAAAACGUAACGGUACAAAUUGGAAAAUGGCCAAUAAAAGGAAAACAAUUGCAUGAAACAAAACAAAUAAAAAAAUGGGCAAUAAUACUAGUGACUGGACAAGUACUAAGAAAUGAUGAACAAAACGUUUUACUUGAAUUCGUUAGACAAUUCCCAAUUAUUCUUGGUCAUUGUGGUCUAAAAUUUUUUUCCGCUCCCUACUGCAAUGAAAUUGUGAAUCCAAGUCGUACAGAUUUACAUGAGUGUUUGAAAUAUUUAAAAGAACAAUCGUAUGAAGUUAGUCUGUUUCUCUUGUACAAUAUUGAUGAAAAAGUUUAUCAGUUUAUCAAACGUGCAAGUGUACAACUAGUUGGAGUGGUGACACAAUGUGCUGAUUUUGCUGCAAUUCGAAAAAAUAUAACAAAAUUAGACAUGUAUUUAUACAAUUUUGUCUGUAAAUUUAAUGCGAAAUUGGGUGGUAUUAACAGUCUAGUAAAUUACAAAAGUGUGCUAUUGAAUUCUGACGUCAAUAACAAUGCUGAAGAUGAUUGUUUUAUGUUUAUUGGUGCCGAUGUCACUCAUAAAAUAAUAACAAGAGGAAAUCCAUCAAUAGCAGCUGUUGUGGCUAGUCGAUAUCCGGCAUCGACACAAUACAUUGGCCGAUCAACUGAGCAACGUCCAAAAAAUGAUAAAAAAUAUUCGGUAGAAAUAAUCAAAGAUUUUGAAUUAAUGUGUUCAGAUUUGCUCAAAGUAUUCGCACAAACAAAUGGUCGACUACCAACGAAAAUUGUUGUGUAUCGGGACGGGGUUGAUGACGGUCAUUUCCAAAAAGUAUUGGAUAAUGAAGUUCAAGCGUUGAAAAAGGCAUGCAAAGACAUAUGUGGCGAACAUCAAUUACCCAAAAUUACAUUUGUUAUUAUAAAAAAACGUCACAAUACAAGAUUUUUCUGUUAUGAUGCGCGAAAGAACCCUCAAACAUUCAAUACAGAACCAGGCACCGUUAUCGAUACUGAAAUUGUACAUCCGUCUCAGUUUGAUUUCUAUUUAAAUUCUCAUGCUGCAAUUCAAGGAACAAACAAUUGCAUCCUCUAUCAUGUAUUAUAUAAUGAAAUCGGAUUUACAUCAGACGAAAUACAACAAUUGACCUAUUUUCUGUGUCACACAGACGUUCGAUGUACAAAAGCGGUUAAAAUGCCUGCAGCUGCCAGAUAUGCACACAAUAUUGCCUACGAUGCCCGUUAUUUAAGAGGAAAUGAUAUUAAACCAGAAGAGCAAGAUCGGACCGAUUUUAAUCAAUGGGAUGAUGAGUGA